UGACUUACCCGGAAGAGAGAGACGAGACUUCACGGAAACAACAGCGAUCAAAACACGAUCCUGCAGCUGAAUUUUAAUUUGAAAUAUCAGCGCGAAGGAAGUAUGGAGGAUGAUGAACUUCCGUCAGAGGAUGGGAUGGGUGGGUGUGGCUUUCUACUUGCUGCUCAGCGUCAUGGCGGCGUACUACAUCUUUGAGGUCCACAGCUUCAGUUUGGAACGUGUGCAGAGAGCAGGUACCAGCCCAUCGGCUCCACCUCCCGCUAUCACUGUCCAUGGGUCACCACUUCCUGCGUGGAUGUGGGCGUUGAUCUUCCUGCUGCCAUACCUGCAGCUCUUCCUCUUCUUGUUCUCGUGCACGAGGGCGGACCCCCGCGCUGUUGGAUACUGUGUGCUUCCUGUCUGUAUCGCCCUUCUGUACAGCCGCCGCCAUGCCGCCAAACUGGCCAAUCACAGGGCAGCAGGAUCGCUCAUCGACACGUAGGGGACGACCAAUCAGAGAGCCUCCCACGCGAUGAGGGGUGGGAUGACAGCAGGACUAGUUUGUGAUGUCACUUCCGGUGUGCCUUUUAA